CUUGAUUUUCAGCUUCCACUCGUUGGGGCACAAAAUAGAAUGGGCCUUGAGUUACACGUUGGGCACCUUAAAGCCUAAACUAUGUCCAAAGCAAUCAACCCUAAAAAGUGGAAUAAAUAUCCAUCGCCUUGAUUUCCACCUUCUACUCCAUAAACCCUAAUUAUCUGAAGGGGUUUUCAGCCGGCACAGCUGCUUCUAAAUCCAAAGCUACGCAGUUUUUUCUCGGUUAGGAUGGGCAAGUCUUCUAAGAAACCAAACCUGAAGGUUGAUGCUGCUCCGGCCAUAGUUGCUCCAACAAAGCCGAUGAAGAAAGGUAAGAGAGAGGCUGAAGCUUUUGAGAAGCCAAGCGCUAAAAAGCAGAAAAAAGCUUCGGGAUUAGAACAAGCUGUCGAGAAGAAGAAGGCUGAAGCUAAGAUUCCGAAGAAGGUGGAUAGUAGUUCCGAGGGGGAGUCUUCAGACUCCGAUGAAGAAUUAAAGAAACCUGCUCCUAAAACUAAACCUGCACCCAAAAAGUCACUGCCUUUGAAAAAAGGUAAAUCUGAAAGCUCUUCAGAUGAAGAGAGCGAUUCUGAUAGUAGUUCAGAUGAGGAUGUCCCUGUCACAAAAAAAGUUACAUCCGUUGCAACAAAAAAUGGGUUAGUUAAAGUUCAAAAAACUGAAUCAAGCUCUGAAGAUGACAGCUCUGAUGACAGUGAUGAUGAGGCUCCUGUUACCAAAAAGGUUACUCAUACCCCUGCCAAAAAUGGGGCAACGAAAGUUAGAAAAAGCGAGUCAAGCUCUGAAGAUGACAGUUCUUCUUCUUCUGAUGAUGAACCCGCCAUGAAGAAGCCUGCACCAAAACCUGCUCCUAUCAAAAGUGCCAAUAAAGGUGCACUAAAAAAGAGUGAAACAGAGUCCAGCUCUGAUGAUAGUAGUUCUGAUGAUGAGACUCCUAAGAAGGCUCCUGCCAAGCCUCCCACAAAAGGGGCAGGAAAAAAGGUUGAAAGUGAAUCAAGCUCUGAUGACAGUAGUUCAGAUGAUGAGGAUGAUACCCCUGCUAAGAAAGCUCCGCAGAAGGCUUCUUCCAAACCUGCAACAAAAGGGGUAGAAAAAAAGGCAACAAGUGAAUCCAGCUCUGAAGAUAGCAGUUCCGAUGAUGAGGAAGACACCUCUGCUAAGAAUGCUCUUUCCAAACCUGCCAAAGCAGAGGCUGCAAAAAAGCCACAAGGUGAAUCAAGCUCUGAAGACACUAGUUCAGAUGAUGAUGAUGAGAAUGUCACCCCUGCUAAGAAGGCCCCCUUAAAAGCAUCUGCCCCUACAAAAAAAGUUAAUGACAGUUCAGAUGAGAGUAGUAGCUCUGAUGAAGAUGAUGUUCCAUCCAAAAAGGCAUCCCUACUAGCUGGAAAUAAAAAGGUAAAUGAUGAUAGUGAAGAUUCCAGCUCCGAUGAAAGUGAAGAUGAGGAGCCACAGAAGAAGAAAAUCAAGCCUGUUGAAAAAAAGAAGAGUAGGUCUGAUGAUUCAUCCUCAGAGGAGUCCAGUGAGGAAGAAGAGGAUGAGCCUUCAAAGAGUAUAAAGAAGCCUAAAGAUGUGAAAAUGGUUUAUGCGGAUGGUGAAAAAGGUGGACCUCAAACCGCAACACAAGCUCCCAAGACCCCCGCCACACCUAAGGCCGCACCUCAAGGAUCAUCAACUCUCUUUAUUGGGAAUUUGUCAUGGUCAAUUCAAGAGGCUGACAUUGAGAAUUUCUUUAAGGAUGUUGCAGAGGUGAAGCAAGUUCGUUUUGCUGCCCAUCCAGAUGGGACUCUUAAGGGUUUUGGACAUGUUGAGUUUACCUCUUCUGAGGCUGCCUCUAGGGCUCUUGAACUUAAUGGACAACCAUUGUUGGGACGUGAUGUAAGACUUGACCUUGCAAAAGAGAGAGGAGCUUAUACCCCCAAUAGUGAAUAUGGCAGUGGGAAGCGUGAUAGUUCUUACCAGAAGCAGGAUAGAGAUGAAGGUUCAACUAUUUUUGUGAGGGGGUUUGACACAAAUGAUGAUGAAGACAAGAUUAGGAGUACCCUGGAAGGUCAUUUUGGCUCUUGUGGAGACAUUAAAAGCACUAGACUUCCGACAGACCCAGAUGGUUAUGUUAAAGGGAUUGCGUAUAUCACUUUUGGAGACAGUGAUGCUCUCACCAAGGCUCUCGAACUCAACAACUCCCAAAUUGGAAAUAACACCUUGUACGUGGAUGAAGCAAAGCCAAGAGGUGAAAGUGGGGCUGGAAGAGGUCGUGGAGGACGUGAUAGUGGUAGAGGCAGAGGAGGUGGAGGACGUGAUCGUGGUCGAGGCAGGUUUAGCAGUGGGGGUCGUGGCCGUAGCAGUUCAAGUUUUACUCCUACUGGCAAGAAAACAACAUUCGGGGAUGAUUAAGGGACAGAGUAGCGGUCUGUACGAAGUGUUGACAAUGGCUUGCUCACUUUAGAGUUACUAUGAGGACACUAGUUACCGUAACUGUGAUAUUGUGACGUUUUUUGUAUUAUUUUUUGUCAUGUACGUUUUUAUUAUCUAAAACCAUGAGUUGGUGUGCUUUCCUUGAAAGUUGAAAUAGGUAAAAUUAUUAAUUUUGUCAUGACUACUUGUGUCGAUGUCACUCUUCAUGGAUAACUUCAGCGCUGUUCUGAAUUGUGAAGUAGGGAUAGAUCUGGGAUCCGAGACUGAUCGGUUCUAACAUUUGGAGGCCCAGAUCUGAUCUAGAUAUUAUGGGUCUUGGCCUCGUCUUCGGUAACCGUCUGGUUUGGAUCUGUUCCUGGCCUGGUUUGUGCAUUUUAAGUUCCAAUUUAUUACUCUUUGUUUUAAAAGGUUCCUUUUUCUUGGUUCAUAAC